UGAGUGUCAGAGUGUCCACAGGCCACGAAGGGCUGUCUUAUCUCUUGUUGUUCUUGUAAGAUCCUUGGAGGCUUGCCGCUCAGUCGGUCGUUUUAGCUGCUGACGUCUGGAUCAUCGUUUGCAUCCACACCGUUGAUGCAUGUAUUAGAAAAUUUUGAAUCCACACCGUUGAUCCAUGGAUUAGAAAGAAUCCUUGUGAUAUCCUAUUUUCCUGUUCAGCUUCCUUUACAAUCAUCUAUUUUGAUCUGAAUUCUGCACUGCGGUCAGUCUGUUGUUACUUUGAUAUUCUGAAAUAUAUAUAUAUGUUGGUUGCUUUUGGCUGCUUUGUGAGUAUAUUAGCACUUCAUGCAUUCUAGCACUACUGUAGUAACGGCGAAUAUGGGCUACUUGGCAGUGUCACGGGAAUAUUGGCUUUGUAUUGUUCAUCUUUAAAAAGGGUUCAGCACAUUUUGGCAUGUUUUAUAACAAAGAUUAUAUUCUUCAUUGUUUCUUAUUCAACUCCUCCUAGCUUUUCCCUCAAUCGCUUCCUUUUUAUAUAUGCCUUCUGUUCUUGUACAGACAUAUCUCCCCUGAUAUAUAUAUAUAUAUAUCAACUAUUGCAUAGAGAGGAGGACUGCACAAUAAUUAUGGGGGUUUAUAUACAACGCAAGCUCCGACAAGCCCUGGGCUCUGUCAAGGACCAUGCCUCAGUUGGCAAGGCCAUGUUGCACAGCCAUGAAGGAAAAGCAUUCUCUGAUAUAGAGAUUGCAGUGGUGCGUGCAACCGGUCACGAUAACAGCCCCAUCGAUGACAAACAAAUGCAUGAGAUCCUCUUCCUGGUCUCAAAUUCUCCAGGAUCCAUUCCCUUUCUUGCAGAACGGAUUUCUUGUCGUCUUGGCAAGACCAAAGACCACCUCGUAGCUCUCAAGACUCUUUUGCUAGUUCAUCGUCUCCUACGCGGAGGCAAUCGCUGCUUUGAGCAACAGCUACGUAGUGCACAUGCUUCUGGCCAUCUCCAAAUGAUCGCGAGGAUUAUUUCAGAUCCUCCGGUAUCUUUUCUACACAAGUACGCAUCAUAUUUGGAGGAAAGGGUUGGUUGGGUGAUCAAUCAAGCUGGGAAGCUUGAGCCUGCUGUGUCCGGAAGCCUGGAAUUCAGAUGCUAUCACGACAAGUCUAUGGACUUGGUUUUUCAUAAACUACCGAAAUGUCAAGCGUUUAUUCACAGAGUCUUAGAUUUUUCACCAGUUGACAUAUUGUCUUGUGAUAAUCUGGCUCAGGCUGCCAUGAACAACACCUUGAAAGAGAGUUUCCAAGUUUACAUGACGUACUGUGAAGGAGUAGCAGCUCUUGUUAAUAUGUUCUUCGAUUUGACAAUGCCGGCUAGAGCUUUAGCAUGUAAGAUACUGAAGAGGGCAUCCCAUCAAAGCCAAAAACUUGACAACUUGUAUGAGAAGUGCAAACAGAUGAUUGGAAACAAGAACCUGGAGUACCCUUUGGUAGAAAUUAUAACUAUGGAUCAUGUGGUGGCAUUGGAGAAUUGCUCAGUUUCUACUCCAACUAGUCCACGUUCAUCACCAACCCCUCCGAUGUUAUCGAACCGGCUUACUAGUUCAAGCAAGUCUCAACAAGUACUUGGAAUGAAUGCAAGUGAUGUAACACUUUUCUCAUGGACAAUGGAGACCAAAAUAAGCAAGGUAUGGGUUGUGUUUGAAGAUGAAAAUGAUCUCUCUCUCACCUCAGUCAAGUAAUAGGUCAAGUUGUGGUUGGACAUACCAGUUCCUCCGAUCUCUACACAAUCUAUAUAUUUUUCA